CCGCAAAAGUUAAGUGAUGUAUUUCAGAGCAUAUUUCUUUUGUAUAUAAGUACCACGAUUAAAAGCCACUUAAAUAACAUAUUCUGGAUUUUGCCUAUUGUUCACAGUCGUGGGUUUUGGAUAUGCAUGUAACGCCCCGGGGGUACUCCGUUAUAUGGGCUAUAUGGGGUAGGGUUUAUUUUAUGCUGCUAUACCGAGCUAACGAGACCCAGCCGGGUCGAAACAGCUCUCCACGGUUGGAAUUCUUGGCCUUCCGUUUGGACUCUAUCAUGUCGCGUUACGUUUUCUACGUAGUAAUCAGCCUUGCGUCAUUGUUAUUCCACAAAAAUAACGCCCACACACAGAAAGCUAAUUUUGGGCAUGUCUUGCUGUUCUUUGUUAUAAAAGGCCUCAUCUUUUCUUUGCCCGUCACUCAUUCCAAGGCGUCUCGUCGUGACUGAGUUCAUCGGUGAAGUUUGCGAGGAAGUUCACCCGUCGCCAGAUUCCAAUAUGAAGCGUAUGUCCGAAGGCUGUGAGACUCCUAAUUUUGGCAGGUUCUAUUCGCAGCUCAUAGAGUUUUCUAAAGCAACGGAAGACAAACCAGAUUUCCAAAAGAGCUUCGACAAUAUCAAUGGUUGGGUGAAUGAGCAGAAGGAAAAGAAAGGAGAAGACAAGAUCCAGAAAGUUGGCGAAGCAUUGAGGACCACUGUGAAUGCACUAGAAAAGCUCAAAACAGGUGACCCUUAUGACGUAACGUGUGGUACCUUGGAGAUCAUUUCAAGCAUUGCGACAGUUGCUGGGGGACCUUUUGGGGUGGCAUUUUCAGCGUUGUGCAGCAUUGCAGGAGCUAUCGUCUCAUCAAAUAAGCCAGCCAAACCAAGCGUGGUGGAACAGCUAGCUCAAGUGGUCCACAGUGAGUUAAAUAACUUCUUCGACAAACUGCAGGGUGCAGAGCUGAGCGGUCUGGAGGGUCGUGUUAAGCGCCAAAAAACUCGCCUUCGGGAGAUGAAGGGAAAGGAAGAACUGGACGACGAGAAUCUGUGGAACGAUUAUGAUCACUUUAUGGGCCAGCUUCAAUACAGAGUCAACUUGCCACUCCAAUUCAAGUACGGACCGAACCUAGAGCAAGAUCCUGACUUUGCAGAUUUCGUGAGGGCUGUGGUGACGUACUGUAGGGCUUAUACCUGCUUUAUGGCGCUUCUAACAGUGGCGAGAGCAAAAUUUCAGGAGGUUGGCGACAGCAGCGACAAGAUCGACGCUAUCAAUCGAAUUAUCAACCAUCGACAAACAAACAUCAAGGAAACGUUGACUUUCUUGUCAGAUAAAAGGUACCUGAAGUUCAUCGGGCGGCUUCCAUCAGAGGGAGGAAAGUUGACGAAAAUUCUUCUCUUGGCUCGAAACCCAACAGCAAAACAAGUCGUCGAAUCAGUUAGAGGUUCCCUGGGUCUUACCAAAAUGGCUAACUCGGUUGAAGUGGAAAAAGCGGUCGGAAAAGUGUCGCGCCAGACAGUGAAACUGAAGUUUAAUGGAGAGAUGUUUGGCCAAGGACUUCGUGGUGUCUUAGCAGCCUUUGACGCUAUCGGCAUCUUUAUGGUUGGUUCGGCGACCACGGUGCUAUUUAUCAACGAGACUGAUUAUCCCAUGAGGAUUGUAUCGGGGACCGUUGGUUGGCCGAAAGGAAACCUGGAGUUCGUGGAAGACGUCAAGCCUCAUUCGUACUAUUCCAAAGUAAUUUGGAGCUUCACUGGUACGUUCUCCACCGGUGGGUAUAUCAAGAUCGCCAACAAUGGAAAGCUGAGCUCUGCCCCUGCUGAUGACGACCCCAAUGAAACUGACGUCAGAGUAAUCGAGUUUGCCUUGUCUUCCCCAUAUGUGGCUCCUGUUAAAAUAAACAUCCAAGACAAGACGGACUGUGGACGAAGUAAAGGAAAGGACACCUACGACAAGAUGGCUGACGACAAAGGAAAGACAUUGUAUUGGAAAAAGGGUAAAGAGCAUCAUCUGGCCAGAGCAGAAGUAUUACGCACCACGCCAGAACAAUUCCUAGAUUGGUUCAGAUUAAGAAAAUUUAAUAUUGUUCCUUAUACUUCCAAAGCAAAGGGGACCUGGUGCUUUAUUGUUCAAAAUUUUGAUCCUGACCAGGAUCUGGAAGAAGAAGAAGAGUGAAUGAACUGUUAAGAGCUAGAAAUGAACAGCCAAGAGGAGAAAGAUUGAUAGUGGUUAGUUUCUCUUUUGACUGAACAAUUCUUUAUUCUUUUGUUUACUUCUUAGUGUGUAAUCGAAGGAGGAAAUUUUUCCCUGUAUUAUUGCAAUGGUUGAUGGUAGCGUUCUAUAAAGAAAGCAAAUGUUAAUGAAAUCUUAAAAAAUAUCCCGCCGUCUUUCCGAACAGCGGCUGCUAAUCCAGCCAAUCCCUCAUCCCUCAGUAAUUCUCCCAAGCAUUCUCUAAUUCAUGAAGAGGCAAUUUUCAAUUUUGAUCCUACAUGCUCUCUGUAGGGCUAUAGCAUGCGAGUAUAAAACUUAAAAGAAGAAAUAGGUUGUUUGUUUUGUGCGCGUUCGACUGCGCGAGUUAGUCUGCUUCAGUUUUGGUUGUAUCUUUUAGCUAGUCUUUUAUUAGUUCUAAGCAUUUUUUUACAUUUGUUCAAACGUAUUCUCAAAAUGUUCUUAGUUGUUUCUACUCGAAUAACUAUUGUGAUAGUAUGUUGCGAGAGAUCUAGAUUUACUUGUGAGUUUACAGACGUCUUAUGUAGGCAAGAAUUCUACUUUGGCCUAUAUAGUCCUGCGUCAGUAUUUUAAGUGUGUUUUUUUCUAAUAUAUAUAUACUCGAGUGCAUUAAGUAAGGUUUUCAUAGAAAUAAUUAUAUUCACGAACUAAGUGUGUUUUUCUUCAAAAUAUCUAUCCUCAAGUGCAUAAAGUAAGGUUUUAAUAGAUGUAAUAUUAAGUGCGUUUGUCUUCGAAAUAUCUAUCCUCGACUGUAUCAAGUAAGGUUUUCAUCAAGACAUCUACGCCCGCCUGGAACAAGUUCAAAAAGUGUUCUCAAAAGACAUCUUUUUCCUUGUGUGUAUUAAACGUGUCCUCGAAGACAUUUGAUCCUCGCGUGUAACUUAGCGUGUAUUACCUAAGAAAAGGUAUCUUAAGCAAAAAAGGUAUUUACGAAAAAAAAGUGUUUAUCUAACUGUGGAUUCCUUACACUUAACUACUGGGUAUGGUUAAUAACAACAGCGAUCGAUUAUUCGCCGUAGCUGCUUGCUUAUUGCUCAAUAACAGACUUACCGUCUUGGCUUUUCAUCUGAGCAGAGCAAAAUAAUUCAGUACAUUCCGAUACGUCAUAAUCAGCCUUCUAGUGAAGAGUAUGAUUUUUACUAUACAAUUUCUGACAGAGUAAUACAAGAAAGUACUGUCUGAAUAACAAAGUCAAGUGUAAAGGCAACUGAUUUAAAGGCAACUGGUAUGACCAUUAUUUCUGAUAGAGAAAGCCUUACAAAGCCAAGUGAAAGAAAACUGGUGAUUUUCAUUUGCUGGUUGUUUUAUAACCGCAAAAGCUGCGGGUCACGGGUCACAGAUCGCUUCAGCCACUGUGAACAGAAACCGACUGGACAUGCCUAGACAACACAUUACACUGUCUUGGUAGUUACAGAGAUACUUAGUAGUAAUAAUAUUAAAACAAGCAUUUAUUAAACGAUUUCAUCUGCUGCA